AUGAGCAGCAAAUAUCUCUGUGCCCCAGAGAAUAUUUCGAGGUUUAUCGAAAUGUCAUCUCACCGCAGUCUCUCACCACAGCGGGAGAUAUCGCAAAUGACGGCCCACAUACGUCCUCCACAGACGAAAAGGCGUCGAGAUGAUGAAAGUCAUGAUGAUAAUAUCGCAAAGCAUGAUGAUACCCUGCAACAGGUAGAACAUCAUGAGGAGAACACAAUAGAAAACACAGCGUAUCUUUUACAGUGUGGAAGUCCAUUGUAUGAUCCUGUGAAGGAAGGCUGGCGCUGCUGGAAUAAUCAUGAAUUACGCAUAAAAGAGAGAGAACAAUAUGGUCCCGUGGAUGGUGUUAGUUGUGACUUCUGCGGCUUUACAGACUGGUUAGAGGGAUUGGAGGAAGCAGAAGAAGAAAAAAAGUCGACAAAGGGGAAAAAACGAGGAGGACGAAAAAAGCCAAAAACAAAGAUGAAUGAAAAAAAGUAUCUAUAUCAUUGCGAUGUAUGUGAUAUGGAUCUCUGUAUCCAUUGUGCUAGGGAACUGCGCGAUGAUAGUCGUUAUCACGUACCGUGUAUGCAGUGUAAACAUUGUCUGAUGUUUAUGCGUAGCGAUGAUGCUGUAAUGCACCGUUGUCAUGCAACCAUACCACAGACGGAAGUAACACACAGACUUGUGACAUCAUCCGCAUCCACCAGUGGUGGCGCUACCUCUUCAACAAAUACAGAAUCUGCGAGAAUACAAGACUCCUCAGAAGGUUCAGUAGCAACACCAACAGCAGUGGCAUUAUCAGUGUCUCCGUUACGGCGGCCAAAUACCGCUUGGGAGUUAUGUGUUACAUUCGAAACAACAGGAUCUGAAGCGAAGGUUCGUCUUAUUGGUCAAUCUUUUGGUAUGGAAGAAGUGGAGAUGCCGAAGGUGAGCCGUCAGCUUGUGUUCCGCACGCGCACUAGGCUAGCAGCAGAGGAGUUUGCUCAAAGAAUUCAUAGCGAAGGUCUCUUUACUUCACUUCGUCGCUUUCGUGAAUGA